GAAGUAUCACUAAAUUUUGGUUUUAGACUCUGUGUAGAUCAACAAAAUCAAUCUUAGUUAUAUAGAGAGCAAUUUAGAGUACAUGCAGACACAUUUUCGAGACUUAAGUUCGUUUCUUCGACAGAAAGUCAAUACUGACAGACCUUGGUCAACUAUUUGUCAGGGGGUUUUAAGCCCAAGCUCAGAGGCUUGGUUAAGUUUAUUGUGAAGUGCAGAGUAGAUGAGAAUGGGUUUAAGAGGCAUUGGUUUUUUACUCCAGUGUUACCUGGUGCUGACAGCAGCCAUGUAUUUUGAUCUAGGUGAACAAGAGGAGAAAUGCAUCAUCGAAGAGAUUCCUGAAGACAUGCUGGUGACUGGUUAUUUCUUGCUGGAGCCCUGGGACUUCAGGUCAGGCGCCAACUCGGCUCACCUUGGCGUCACUGUGACAGUGCGAGACCCAAACCAUGAGGUGUUGAUGACCAAGCGUUAUGGCAAAAAUGGAAAAUUCACAUUCACCUCUCACGCCUCCAGUCAACACCUCCUCUGCUUCCAGACCAACUCCACCAGGUUCUCAGUCUUUGCCGGAGAGAGGCUGAAGCUGCACUUGGACGUUCAGAUGGGUGAACACUCGAUUGACCGCAGCGCUGAGAGGACCAAGGACAAUCUACAGAUGAUGGAGAGCAGCCUCAGUCACCUCAUAGACCAGAUGACGUACAUAACCAGGCAGCAGGAGUACCAGAGGGAGAAAGAGGAGAUGUUCCGUCAGAUCAGUGAGGACACCAACAGCAACGUGUUGUGGUGGGCCGUGGUUCAGACCUCCAUUCUGUUGAGUGUUGGUUUCUGGCAGAUGAAACGACUCAAAGACUUCUUUAUCGCCAAAAAACUGGUCUGAUUAAGACUUUAAACUGCUUGAUACUUGAUAUUUUUGUACUUAAUGGGCCGUCACUAACAUCAAAAACCACUAGCAUCAAAAAUUCCAGUUUACAUUACUGUAGAACAUAGAACACACACUUUACAACAUGCAGAAAGGUUUGUUUUUAACUUUGAUGGUGUGAUGGGCUCUCAGUGGAAAAACCCUCUGGCCUUGACACUAAAUUGAUUUUUCAAACCACUGGCAAUGGACAAUAUCCCCCUCUAUGGACACGAUACAAUAUUCAAUUUUUAGAUAAUGUUAAGACGAUGUUAUGACCCAAGGCAACGUUGCCAAUAUUGAUGCCAGUAUUUAGGUUGCCCUUAUUCUUCGUCCAUUCACCCUUAAAAAGUUGAGUUUGUAUUAUGGUAAACUAUGAAUGGUGGAAUUUGUGGAGUUAACUGCAAUUUGGAUUUGGGCUCUUGAUAUAAAGACACAGUAAUCCAUGUAUUUUUCAAAACACACCAUAUAAAUUCACUUGAUCAACAGCAUUGUCCGAUCCCAAAUUGUUCAAAUGUGUAAGCUACCGCCAACAGCACAGAGGCAAGGGAAAAGAAUAAAAGUUUG